CACGCUCGCGAGGGGAGGCGGUGCAGCGGCCGCUGACCGGCUACAGUAGCCACCCUGGAGGCUCCAGGCCUCUGUGGUCUCCCAGUGGAGCACAGGAUGCGGGCUCGGCACCCGGAGGUCACGGGAGACCGAGUGGAGACUGGAGUGUUGCGGAACGAAGCCUAGACCACAGGAAGCCAAGCCAUCGCCUGAAGCGGACUCAGCCGCUGGAGUGAAGCAGCGUGAGGAAACCAUUGGCACUUCAAAGGUUUCUGCAGGCCUGGUGCCCAAGCUUCCCCUGUGUGGAUUGGGGGAUUAGGAACGUGGCGCGAUGAGGAGCAGGAGUAAUUCUGGGGUCCGCCUAGACGGCUAUGCUCGGCUGGUGCAUCAGACCAUCCUGUGCCAUCAGAAUCCAGUAACAGGAUUGCUUCCAGCCAGCUAUGAUCAGAAAGAUGCCUGGGUCCGAGAUAAUGUGUAUAGCAUCCUGGCUGUGUGGGGUUUGGGCCUGGCAUAUCGGAAAAAUGCAGACCGUGAUGAGGACAAGGCAAAGGCCUAUGAACUGGAGCAGAGUGUAGUGAAGUUAAUGAGGGGACUGCUGCACUGCAUGAUCAGACAGGUGGAUAAAGUAGAGUCCUUCAAGUAUAGUCAGAGUACUAAGGAUAGCCUCCAUGCCAAGUACAACACCAAAACCUGUGCCACUGUGGUGGGUGAUGACCAGUGGGGACACCUGCAAUUGGAUGCUACUUCAGUGUAUCUGCUCUUCCUAGCACAAAUGACUGCUUCAGGACUCCAUAUCAUCCACAGCCUAGAUGAAGUCAAUUUUAUACAGAACCUUGUGUUUUACAUUGAAGCUGCAUAUAAAACUGCUGACUUUGGGAUAUGGGAACGUGGAGACAAGACCAACCAAGGCAUCUCAGAAUUGAAUGCGAGUUCAGUUGGAAUGGCCAAGGCAGCCUUGGAAGCACUAGAUGAAUUAGAUUUGUUUGGUGUGAAAGGUGGGCCGCAAUCAGUUAUUCAUGUCCUGGCUGAUGAAGUACAACACUGCCAGUCAAUCCUGAAUUCACUACUGCCCCGUGCUUCAACAUCCAAAGAAGUUGAUGCCAGUCUGCUCUCAGUGAUCUCUUUCCCAGCCUUUGCUGUAGAGGACAGCCAUUUGGUGGAACUCACCAAACAGGAGAUCAUCACCAAGCUUCAGGGUCGUUAUGGUUGUUGUCGUUUUCUACGAGAUGGAUAUAAAACUCCUAAAGAGGAUCCCAAUCGUCUGUACUAUGAACCAGCUGAGCUGAAGCUAUUUGAAAACAUUGAAUGUGAAUGGCCAUUGUUCUGGACAUACUUUAUUCUUGAUGGGGUCUUCAGUGGAAACAUAGAACAGGUUCAAGAAUAUAGAGAGGCUCUUGAUGCAGUCCUCAUCAAGGGCAAAAAUGGAGUCCCACUUCUUCCAGAGCUAUACAGUGUUCCUCCUGACAGGGUUGAUGAAGAGUAUCAAAAUCCUCACACUGUGGAUCGAGUCCCUAUGGGAAAAUUGCCUCACAUGUGGGGUCAGUCUCUAUACAUUUUAGGAAGCUUGAUGGCAGAGGGAUUUUUAGCUCCUGGAGAAAUUGAUCCCCUGAAUCGUAGGUUUUCUACUGUGCCAAAGCCAGAUGUGGUGGUUCAAGUCUCCAUUCUAGCUGAAACGGAAGAAAUCAAGGCCAUUUUGAAGGGCAAGGGAAUUGAUACGGAGACCAUUGCUGAGGUGUAUCCCAUCAGAGUACAGCCAGCUCGUAUUCUCAGCCACAUUUAUUCCAGUCUAGGAUGCAACAGUAAAAUGAAACUCAGUGGCCGACCCUACAGGCUCAUGGGUGUGCUUGGAACAUCAAAACUCUAUGACAUUCGCAAAACAAUCUUUACUUUCACUCCACAGUUUAUAGACCAGCAACAAUUCUACCUGGCUCUGGACAACAAGAUGAUAGUAGAAAUGCUUAGAACAGAUCUCUCCUACCUCUGCAGCCGUUGGAGGAUGACGGGCCAACCCACCAUCACUUUCCCUGUCUCACACACCAUGCUUGAUGAAGAUGGAACCAGCUUGAAUUCAAGCAUCCUGGCAGCACUCCGAAAAAUGCAGGAUGGCUAUUUUGGUGGGGCAAGGAUCCAGACAGGUAAAUUGUCAGAGUUUUUGACAACGUCCUGCUGCACACACUUAAGCUUCAUGGACCCUGGACCUGAGGGUAAGCUGUACAGUGAAGAUUAUGAUGAAGACUAUGAUGAGCUGGAAUCAGACAACUGGAUGGAUAGCUAUGAUUCAACAAGUAAUGCUCGCUGUGGUGAUGAAGUUGCUCGUUAUUUAGACCACCUUUUGGCACACACUGUUCCCCAUCCUAAACUAGCUCCUACCUCACAGAAGGGAGGGACCAAGGCCAAGGAGCUGCAUGUACAGAAUGUUCACAUGUACCUUCCUACAAAGUUAUUUCAGCCUUCUCGCCCUUCACUCAAUUUACUUGACUCACCCCAGUCUCCACAAGAUAACCAGGUUCCUUCUGUUCGUGUAGAAGUACAUCUUCCUAGAGACCAGUCAGGGGAAGUGGACUUUCAGUCACUGGUUUCACAGUUGAAGGAGACCUCAAGCUUACAAGAGCAAGCUGAUAUACUCUACAUGCUGUAUUCAAUGAAAGGGCCUGACUGGGACACUGAAUUGUAUGAAGAAGGGGGUGCUACUGUCAGGGAGCUUCUCAGUGAACUAUAUGGCAAAGUUGGUGAAAUUCGACACUGGGGUCUGAUCCGAUACAUCUCUGGGAUCUUAAGGAAGAAGGUGGAGGCCCUUGAUGAGGCCUGCACAGACCUUCUCUCCUACCAGAAACAUCUGAUGCCAGGACUUCCUCCAGAGCCUAGAGAGAAGACCAUCUCUGCACCUCUACCAUAUGAGGCCCUCACUAAGCUGAUAGAUGAAGCCAGUGAAGGAGACAUGAACAUUUCAAUCCUUACACAGGAAAUAAUGGUAUAUCUUGCCAUGUAUAUGAGAACUCAGCCCGGCCUCUUUGCUGAAAUGUUCCGACUUCGAAUUGGUCUGAUCAUACAAGUUAUGGCAACAGAACUGGCCCACUCUCUUCGAUGCUCAGCUGAAGAAGCUACAGAGGGCCUGAUGAAUCUGAGUCCUUCAGCCAUGAAGAACCUCCUGCAUCAUAUUCUCAGUGGCAAAGAGUUUGGAGUGGAACGAAGCGUUCGUCCCACUGAUUCAAAUGUGAGUCCUGCUAUUUCCAUCCAUGAGAUUGGCGCUGUUGGAGCAACAAAAACAGAGCGAACUGGAAUCAUGCAGUUAAAAAGUGAGAUAAAGCAGGUGGAAUUUCGUAGACUGUCUUUCUCUCCUGAGAAUCAGGUGGAAUUUCGUAGGCUGUCUGUCUCUGCUGAGAGUCAGACUAGUGGUGGUCAUCCCUCAGGUAUAGAUAUGAUGUCACCGUCCUUUCUGUCCCCUGCAGCCUGUAUUGCUGCAAGUAAUGGAUCCUUCCCUACUGUGUGUGGUCAACAGACAUGUAAAGAUAGUCGUCAAGGUCAAUGGCAGAGGCGGAGAAGACUAGAUGGAGCACUAAAUAGAGUACCGGUUGGAUUUUAUCAGAAAGUAUGGAAAAUUUUGCAGAAAUGUCAUGGACUUUCUGUGGAAGGUUUUGUUCUUCCUUCUUCAACCACGAGAGAGAUGACCCCAGGCGAGAUUAAAUUCUCUGUCCAUGUGGAGUCUGUUCUGAAUCGUGUACCUCAGCCUGAGUACCGCCAACUUCUGGUUGAAGCCAUCCUUGUCCUUACCAUGCUGGCAGAUAUUGAAAUUCACAGCAUUGGGAGCAUCAUUGCUGUGGAAAAAAUAGUACAUAUUGCCAAUGACUUGUUCCUUCAAGAACAGAAAACCCUCGGCGCAGAUGAUACCAUGUUGGCCAAGGAUCCUGCAUCUGGCAUCUGUACUCUUCUGUAUGACAGCGCACCCAGUGGCAGAUUUGGCACCAUGACCUAUCUCUCCAAAGCAGCUGCCACCUAUGUGCAGGAGUUUCUGCCACACAGCCUCUGUGCCAUGCAGUGAGGGCUAUGGGUUCUGGCUGCUGGAAGACUUUCAACAUCUGGUCACUGUCUUGGUUGGUUUGCAUGGAACUGAAAUGUUAGCAACUGACCACUCCCCAUACCCCUUUCCUGCCCAUCCCUCCCAAGAAGAGAGAACUUUGCUGAUAAUCUCACUACUUUUGAAGAAAAGAAUUCCUUACUUGGAAACUUGCCUCCAGUGUGAAAGUUCAACCAGUCUACAAUCACUAUCCUUACUUUUAUGGUUCAGAAAAGUCUGCAUGUGUUUUUACUAUGUAGAGCUGUUACCAACUUAGUUUUCUAACUCCUAUUGGGGAGCAGGUAUUAAUAAGUUAUUUUGAAGCUCAAUUUUCUUAUUUCUGGGCUUUCUUUCUUCUUUUUGUGUGUGAGUGGUGGGUCUUUAUUGGACCAUUAUUUCAAGAGCAUAGAUGCUAAGUUGUUGGAUUUUAUGCUGCUGUAAAUUGGAAAUGUCUACUUUAAGUGCCUUUACUUAGGAAAAGCCAGCAUCAGAUCAUGGCUUCCUUCUUCACUCAAAGGUUGCUUCAUAUUGAGUGGUGAAAUAGUUUCUUUAUAGAAGUAUUGCCAUUCCCUGUUGUUCUUUCUGUAUCUGCCCAUUGCCUACUCUGUGGUGAAAUAUUAAAAAAUUUAAGCUCACAUGUAA